AUGGACGUCGACCGCAAACCGGAGGCGCCUGCGCAGCAUGCUCCUGCACCACCGCAGUCGCCAUCCACCACCAUCCAGCCCUUGAUCUCCUUCUCCACCAUCGACGCGCCAUCUCAGCGCUUCUACGCAGUCAGCAUCGCAGUGACAGUCCAAGCGUGGAAGUAUUCCAACAUACUUCGCGGUCUGUUCUCCUCUACCUCGUCCACAUCACCAUCGUCUACAAUAUCGCAGGCAUUUCCCACCGCUCCCUCUCUUUCGACAGCACUCUUUCUCAACUUUGCUGUGCUCUUUGUGCUCUCUCGUCUCGGAAUCCCGUUGCUCGACCCACGCAUUGCUUCAACAAAGGCGGCACCAUCUAGCGGCAAUGCCCAACCGCAGAAGCCAGUGUUGCAGCCAGCUAAGACCGUCGGUCUCACCUACGCCCACUACUUGGUUCUCUUCCUUGCCCUCUCCAUCACAGAUGCGACUCUUGUGGGGUCGGCAGCCACGAAUCCGUUCAUCCUCGCGCUUAACGGCUUGUUGAGCCUUCUUCAGCUUGCUGCUUCGACUCUCGGACUCAGUGUCCCCUCCGCUGGCAUCUUCCCAGACGUGCUCAGUCGUCAACUCUCCAUCAACGAAGGCCACGUUCGCAUUCGAGACCUUAUCCAGCCAAAAAGCCACAUCCUUGGCCAGCACACUAUCCACAUUCUUCCACAUAGCACUGCAAAGCUUCUUCCUUCCAGCGCCUGCUACUGUGUUGGCCCAGAGACACCUCAAGUUACCAUCCCUGUCCUCUUCAGCAACGCCCACCCGGAUCUGCUCCAGUACUCGAUCACCGACUUUGCUACCGGCCACGUCAGUUACUUCAACGUCAGCGUCGACCAUCUAAUCCCCUUCGGUGCUCCUCACAGCGACCGAGAAGUCGACGAGCUCAGCGCGCUCAAUGCUGCCUCGAGGUCACGGGACUCCAAGCACGGCAGCCUUCAAGCCGAUCUGCUCGACGACGAGGAUGCCCUCGAUGACCGCGCCUCCUUGCUCAGAGGUGUCUCGUAUGCAGAAAGGGCCCGCAUCCGUGCCGAACGCCGUGCACAGUCGCUCACCAAGCGUUCUGCCAGUCUCGACACACCCAAAUCGAAACGAGUUCCCUCUACCCGCAGCAAUCAUCAGCUGCUUUGGCAUCUACCCGUCACUCAGCCCGGCCGAGUUCGUCUCGAGCGCGUACUCGACAAAUCUCGCAAUGACGCCCGCAUCUCUACCGCUGAAGCUCUGGUCGUGCAGUGUCCAUCCACCAAGCUCAUCGCUGCCGCCUCCAUGGCUGCUGCUGGCUUGACAGAACUGCUUCAGACGCAGCACAAGUGCCCCGGAGAUCGUGCCGACUUUGCCGCUCAAGUCAGCGGUGUGGCUCCGCUUGAACUCGAAUACCGACGCAUCUUUGCUCCUCUUCCCUCACUCGACGGAAGUGGUCGUCACAGGGACUCGUCGCGCCAGGACAACAAACGAAAGAUCUCGCGUAUCUCGCCGCCGCACCACACUUCGCCUCUCCUCUUGCCAGAAGCAGAAGCGCUCCUCUCGCCAACCGAACGAUUGGCCCUCGCACGUGAGCGAACGCGUGCUGCUUCACGACGCAACAAGGCGGGUCACGAAGACUUUUCCUGGGCCGUUUCGGUCGACGUCGACAUGCCCCUCAGCAGCAUCGAUUUUGACCAUCCGGGCAAUUAUACAUAUGCGCUCGAAAGCGUCACUGAUGCGUGUGGCAACCGGGUCGCUGUCCAUGCCGAUCACCCAUCAGGCCUUUCGCUCGCUCAAAAGGCGCGCAAGAAAAUCAAGGGUAGCGGCGACAUGUCCUCGUCCACCUAUCAGCAGAGCGUCGUCGUCCAUGCCCGUCGCAGCGUCACGUUUGAUCUCAGGCAAUGUCGACCUGGGCACCCUCUCAAACUCUUGAGAAACGUUAAGGGUAUGAAUCUCACCAUGCAAUCCAGCCCAGAUGCUGAGCAGAGCGGUGAUUGGAACGUCAAUGUUUCUUUCCAGCCGGACAACAGUGCCGCGGGCAAGGGAUUGUGGGCGCCUACAGCCGGCAAACCAGCCACAAUGCAGCUCGCCUUGCCUUCCCACAGCUCUCGAGUGCCCUUCACCAUCGAAAAACCGGGCACGUACCGCAUAGACGACAUCGCCGGACGCUACUGCUCUGGAGAGGUCGGCUCACCCUGGACGUGCGAAGUGGUCGACGUGCCGCCUCCCACCGCCCAAAUCAACUUAAGCAGCAUCGAUGAUCGUUGUGCCGGCCCGGUCGGUGUGAAAGCUAUGUCGGUGCUCACAGGCAGUCCGCCUUUCCAGCUCGAGUACGAAGUGACCAAGCAGGGCCGUCAUCCUGAGCGCAAGGUCCGCACCAUCUUUGACCAGACCCGUGACGAGCUCGACUUCCGACCGGACGUCGAUGGCGCCGUGACGUACAAGUUCGUCAAGCUGCAUGACAGCAACUAUCGUGACAUUUCGCUUGACGGACCCUCGUUCACCCAAGUCUUCCACCCGCUCUCGAGUGCCGAGUUUACUGCACCAAUCCGGGCCCACGACGACCGCGCCGUGAUGCAGAGCUGCAGCGGCAAACAGGCGCAAGCCGAUGUGCGAUUCAGUGGCGCUGGACCGUGGGACCUCACCUAUGCCGUGCGUGCGGGUGACAGUGUCGAGACCAAAGUGGUCCAAGGCAUCACGCAGUCGCCUCACCAGCUUAAGAUUGAUAUUCCCAAGUCGGUUGCCGCUUCGGGCGGUCUGGUGACUGUCAGUCUGGUCAAGAUACGCGAUGCGAGGGGAUGCGAAAAGUCGCUCGCUACUCGCGACCUCAACGUCGAGGUUCGACGCGUGCAACCAAACGUAGGCUUCCUGCCCGUCAAAGCGGACAAGGGCCGUCAUCUGGAGGUGUUGGCCGGUAAAGCGGCCCGUCUUCCCAUCCGACUCAGCGGACAAGGUCCGUGGCAUGUGGACUACUCGUGGAGAGCCGACGAGACUGCCAAGGAGGUCGAUCUCAGCGCCUUGCUGCACAAUGUCGAUGGGGAGUUGCUGGCCGAACAUCCCGGUCUGUACAGGAUCAAGCAAAUCCGCGACAACUACUGCCCAGGUACCGUGCUGCAAGACCAGGAAGACUUCCGGAUCAGUGUGCGACCUCAGCCGCAUGUGCAAUUCGCCCCGGAUGCUGGCGUGCCCGCACGCAAUGGUAGCCUGGUGCGUACCCCCGUCUGCCGCGGCCAGCCGGACUCGGUUGACAUUGUCAUGUCCGGCCAGUUCCCGCUCGAUGUUGAAUACGAGCAUGUCGCACCAUCGUGGAGCGCCAGCGCCGAGCCUGAAGCGGCGGCACCGCUCGCAUCGGCUGCACAUGAAGUGGCGCUGCACGGCAAACGUCGCAAGACCGCCUUCACAUCCGCACUGAGCACCACCAACUUGGAGCUCUCGACGGCUCUUCCCGGCUGGCAUAUCUACAUCAUCGAUUCUGUCGGUGACGCGGUCUAUGCACCAACGCGCUUGCAGGGCUUCUCAGCCGAAUCGCCCAGACGACUGGAGCAGAUGGUCCUGGCGCUGCCUGGCGCAUCGUUUGGCAGUGCACCGUCCAAGCACCGCCGACCUUCGCUGUGUGUCGGCGACGGACUCGAUCAAUUGAGCAGCUUGCCGACGCUCAAGUUGCAGGGUCAGGCCCCUUUCACGGUGACGUUUGAGGUGGUGUCGACGUCGAAUAUAGCAUCGUACCGUUUCACUCGGACUGGCAUCAAGACACACGAAUACAAGCUCGAGCUGAGCGCGGACGAAUUCGCGUUCAGCAGCAAAGGUGUCUGGACCAUCCGCGUGCUUCAGGUAACGGAUGCCAACCAGUGCCAAUCCGCGUUCACGCCGGAAAUCAAGCGAGGGGUGCAGGACGACAAGACCAUGACGAUCGAAGUAGCCGAGACGGCGGAUAUCGCAAGCGUGUCGACGCGAGAAGACUAUUGCAUCGGCGAGAUGGUCGAAUUCGCGCUGCAAGGUAGUCCGCCCUGGACGGUCUCAUACGAGUUCAACGGCAAAUCAGCGCAGGCAGCUGUGACCACUCCGGAGUUUUCGCGUGUCGCUGAAAAGCCCGGUGUGUUGACGAUCAAGAGCGUCGCGCACCAGCAGAACCAGUGUCGACGCGAUCUCGACGCGCGUGUUUCACAGGAGAUGGUCAAGACGAUCCACGACCUUCCGACGGUACGCAUCUCGGAGGGCAACCAUUUCGUCGAGGAUCUGAGAGAGGGCAACAAGGCCGAGAUCAUCUUCAACUUCAAAGGUGUGCCGCCGUUUGCAUUCACGUACCAGAGGAGCGAGCCGGUGGACACGCACGCUAGGCCGAAAGUGUUGGAGACGAACACGGUAAGCGGGAUCUUGGAGGAGAAGUACAGUAUCUGGGCGGCUGUAGAGGGGACGUGGAGCGUGACGUGGCUGCAGGAUCGGUGGUGUCAAGUAUCGCUGGAUUAUCAGAGUGGCGCAGCGACACCAUUGGGCAAGUCGAGAUUGGCGAUCAAAAAUUAG